AUGGAUGAUCUAACACAAAAACAAAACAUUGGACGGGAUGGAACGACGACGAACCAGGCAACACCUAGGACAACGCAAGGGACAACGAGGGAUGCGGAGGCGGAGCAGUCGGGGCCCAGCAGGCCCCCGGCUCCCGCCCGAAGUAGGAGGGCGCGACCUUGGUCGGCAGGAUCCUCCAGAGGGAGCAGGGCAUCCUCUGCUGCCUCUGAUAGGGGGUACUGGCGCCGGGUGGGGGACAGCGACGAGGAGUCUGAGGGAUCGGUCUUCUCGUUGUCGCCCAUGACCCCCUCCACAGUGACGGCGGCGAGAAGAGGACGCCCCCCUACAUCAGGGGACUAUGUAAAGCUCGCAGAGAAGAAGGCUGAGUAUCUGCAGCUACAAGAGCGGGAAUUGGAGCUCCAGGUAACGCGGGAGCUGUUGGACGACGGCGUGGCACCCCGCCAGCCAAGCCGGUCUUCCAAGAAAUUAAGGGAAGCCGAGGAGCUAUCGAGGGAGAUACGGCAUCAACCCUCAUCGGACCUCGUUGCCCGCGCAUUGAAGUGCGCCGAGAAGGUAGAAAAGGUGGCGGGGUGCUCGAAGAAUUUGAAGGGCACCUUCGUGCACGCCCUCAGGGAGGCAUCUCGGGACCUCGAGGUCGUCGUGGGCGAGCUGGGCCUCAGGGCCCAAUGCGAGCGCGACGACCGCGAGGUGGAGCUCCUGAGAGAGCAGCUGAAGGCCCGGGAUGCCAGGAUCGCGGCCCAGGGCGAGGAAUUGGCUGCCAUGCGCCGGGAGCUGGAAGCCUUGAGCGCGAGGAUCGUCGCCGUGGAGACCCCAGCGGUCCCCGGCACAAGGAAGGCGGCGAGGCCGGCGUCACCGCUGACGGAGGAGGAGGCCGCUCCGAAGAGGACCCGCAGAGCACAUACGCCCGAGGGGAUUGGGACGACCUUCCGGACGCGACCAUCGCUGGAGGAACCGACGGGGCCUACACCGGCGAGCCCGCCGUCGCCCCUCGGGGAGGCCGGCGGGCGGGUUGGGGGUGGCCCUGUCGAGCGCGCGGACCCCGCGGUGCCCGCGAGGGCCGGGGCACCGGAGACGGCUGCGCUCAUGGAGGGCAUCGCGGCGCUCGUCGCGCGGAGCGCAGCUGAGCUCAGGAGGGAGUUCGCUGGGGAGCUAGCCCGGCUCCGGACCCCCGCGGGCGCCGCUGGGGUUCCCCCUCCCUCCGCUCCCGCGACAGUUGGGAGGAAGGGAAAACAACCGACGAGGCCGACGAAGGGGGCAGCCCAGCCCCAGAAGACGAGGUUGGAAUCGGCGGGGGCAGCAGCGUCUGCCCGGCCCGCAGCUCCCUCCGGUUCCUUCGUCGAACAACGGAUGGCCCAAGUCCAACGGGACCACCGAGCGGCCACUGAGGAAUGGGCCAAGGUCGUCGGCCGCAAGGCCAAAAAGGCCGAAGUGGUGAAGAGGAAGGAGGGGGUUACGGCCCCCCCUCAAACCACGGCAAAGAAACCGCCAACGAAGAAGAUGGCGGCCGGGACGACCAAUCCACCGGCCGCGAGGAAGGAGGGGUCAUCGGGGGAGAAGGGAGCCAGGAAAGUGGCGAAAAAGCCCCGCCUGGCCCGCCCUCCCAAGACGUCUGCGGUCACCCUGACGGUCGCGUCGGGAUCAAAGACCUCCUGCAGCGAGGCCAUGCUUCGCGCCAGGCAGGAGGUCGACCUCGCGGAGAUCGGGAUCACCGAUCUCCGACCUAGGCGCGCGGCCACGGGUGGCUUCGUCUUGGAGAUCGCCGGGACAGAGAGGGCGGCCAAGGCGGCGGCUCUGGCUAGCCGCCUCCAAGCCGUGUUCAGCGGUGUGGAGGGGGUUAAGGUGGCGUGUCCCGUCAAGAUGGGGGAGGUCCGCAUCUGCGGGCUUGACGACUCCGUCACCCGCGAUGAGGUGGCGGCCGCGGUAGCAACCGCCGGCGGUUGCGCCGCCGCAGAAGUGAGGUUAGGGAAGAUCCGCACCCCGCCCCGCGGUUUGGGGAGGGUGUGGUUUUUGACCUCUAGCGGGUCAAGGUCUCAUAUUUAA